CUUCACUAUCCAGCUUCGGUAGUAUUUAUAACCCUAGGAAAUAGGAAUGAUUAAUUUGUUCUGUUCGCGCUGUUUUAGUCUCAUUUAUUGUUUGGUUGACGAGAAAAUGCAGGACAAUGAACCGUCGAGACUGUGAUAUGCUUUCGUCGGUGAACUGUCAUUUUUGAACCAGAGAAAGAGAGACCCCUGGCACUGUAGGGUUUCAACUCAAAAUUAUUUGAUUUAUUCUGGGUCCUGAAAAGUUGGCAGCAUCAAUAAAGAUCCUAUACCCAAGAUUGCUUGCUGCACGCAUUGAAUUGAAAUGAAGAUGUUAGAGGAUUCACAGGAUUCUCUGGAAGUAAAAUUUUCAAAACAAACAUCACAUGAGUCACCAAGCAACCAACAAAAUAACUCACCUGAGGCGGUGAACUCUGAUCCAGUGUCUGUUUCAAGCAACAACAGCAGAAAAGUUACACACCGAGAUAUUGAAAUUGUGCAGAAUCUGAUAGAAAGGUGUCUGCAACUGUAUAUGAAUAGAAGCGAGGUGGUAAAUACCCUCUUGCAUCAAGCAAGAAUUGAGCCUGGUUUUACAACCUUAGUAUGGCAGAAAUUGGAAGAAGAAAACCCAGACUUUUUUAAGGCCUACUACAUGAGGCUAGUGCUGAAGAAACAAAUUAUGGUGUUCAAUCAAUUACUUGAGUAUCAGUACUAUCAGAUGAAGUCCCCUGCACAUUCAAAAGUUCCAUUAGAAAAUGGGAUUCAUCACUUCCUGGUCAACAAUCUACCUAUGGGAUACACCACUGCUCAGCAGCCUCCAAUCCCAUCAACAGAUCACCGCCAGAUUGGCCCUAUGGGAGUACCUGGCUCUCAUGUGGUAAAUGAAAUGCCUGCAUCAGGAGAUUUCCAUUCAGCGCAAUUAAAUUCUGGGAAAGAGAUGGUGAUGAAUGGCAGAUCAGCUGACUUACUACCAGGUGUUCCUGGUGUCAAGUUGGAGAUGGCUUUAAGUCCUACAUCAGUUGCAUCCGUUCCUUUCACCCCAACAGAAAUAUCAGAUUUGAGCUUGGACACAUCACUUGACUCGGCAUAUGCAUCUCAUAUGACCAGUCAAGAGGGGUUGCUUCCUGGACCUGAUUGUGGUACUGACAAUUCUAAGGAAUCUCUUCAACCAUUUUGUCAGAUUCCCUGGAAUCUUAGCUUCUCAGAUCUAGCUGCAGACUUGACAAAUGUUGAAGAUCAUGGACAGCUUGGAAAUUAUUCCGGUUCUGAUAUAUUACUUGAUUCGCCAGAGCAAAAUGAUAUUGGUUUUGAUAGAAUGUCUUUCUUCUUUCAGUCGAGGAUUUUUUUCUUGAUAAUGCUCCAGGCCCGGCCACUCAAACAGAAGAAUAAUCGGUGAGGUGAGGCCCUUGUAACUACAAGUCCCAGUACUGGACUCGGGUAAGCUUAGAUCAAACAAGUCCCAUGAUCUGUAUUUACAGAUAGAUAACCACGGUCCUUCAGCUGUACAGAAAACAUAUUGAUGUAAAUUUGAAACCUCAAAAUUAGGCAGGCAUAUGAUGCAUGUUCUCUAUUUUUCUUACAUUUCUGUUUACCUGGAGAAAAUUGCAGCUACUGUUUCCUUUUAAAAAAAAAAAUUAUUACCAUGCUUUGACCA